AUAAUUUUAUACAGACAGAUGGAGACUUGUUAGGGAGCGACUGUGACUGAUAUCUCCCAACUCCCAAGAGUCCAAGCACAUGAGCGAAACAUGAUCCAUAACUUCUGUGCAAUUUUGACUCCGUAACAUUUUUCUAUCCUGACAUAUAUACAAGUCUCCGAGAAACCGAUCACCUUCAACUUGUAGAGAGAUGGAUGAAAAAUAUGCAGAGCUGAGGCUAGCGGUUGAAACGGCGGAGCUCGUUGACGCCCACGCUCACAACAUCGUACCACUUGAUUCUACAAUUCCGUUCCUCAGUUGUUUCUCCGAAGCUUCCGGCAAGGCAUUAUCCUUUGUUCCUUCUACCCUUAACUUCAAGAGAAGCCUGAGGGAUAUUGCUGAAUUAUAUGGCUCUGAGUUAUCUAUUGAAGGAAUCCAAGAAUAUAGAAAUUCCAAUGGAAUUGAAUCAAUCAGCAAAACGUGCUUCACAGCUGCAGGAAUCUCUAGUGUACUAAUAGAUGAUGGAUUUGAGUUAGAAAAGAUGCUACACAUUGAACAACAUAAAAAUAUUGUACCAUUUGUUGGUAGAAUACUGAGGAUUGAGCAUCUAGCUGAACAAAUCCUUGAUGAAGGAAUCAGAAAUGGGAAGAGUUGGACAUUCCUUAUCAUUGUGUUGUUAACAUUUGGUGCCAAAGAUGUGGUGAAAGUUUUUGGUCUAAAAAGUAUAGCUGCAUAUCGAAGUGGUCUUGAAAUUAAUCCAAAUGUCACCACAAAAGAGUUUGAGGAUGCUCUUGCUGAAGUUUUGCUUGAUGGAAAUCCUGUUCGCAUCACAAACAAAAAUUUUAUUGAUUAUAUCUUCGUGCGUAGUUUGGAGGUGGCCCUGAGUUUUGACUGGCCUAUUCAGAUACACACAGGCUUUGGAGACAAAGAUUUGGAUUUGAGGCAGGCUAAUCCCCUUCAUCUUCGGAAUCUUCUAGAAGAUCCUAGAUUCUUGGAUUCUCGAAUAGUGCUGUUACAUGCAUCCUACCCGUUUUCAAGAGAAGCAUCACAUUUGGCAUCCAUAUAUCAUCAGGUUUACCUUGAUUUUGGUUUGGCAAUUCCAAAGCUUAGUGUCCAUGGCAUGAUAUCAACAGUGAAAGAACUUUUAGAGUUAGCGCCAAUAAAAAAGGUGAUGUUCAGCACCGAUGGAUGUGCAUUUCCUGAAACAUUUUACUUAGGUGCAAAGAGGGCACGAGAAGUUGUUUUCUCUGUUCUACACGAUGCAUGCAAUGAGGGUGAUCUCUCGAUUCCUGAAGCUCUUGAAGCUGUUACUGAUAUCUUUUCUGAAAAUUCAAAAAACUUCUACAAGAUUGAUAGUGAUGCCACAUCUAGGGUUCCUAGACAUGUUUCUGACACCUUAAAAAAGUCCAAUAAUCAGGAGCUUAACUCUACACAACAAGAAAUUGUGCUUGUUCGUGUUUUAUGGAUAGAUGCUUCCGGACAACACCGAUGUCGUGUUGUUCCACGAAUUCGAUUUGAUAAUUUUGUGAAGGAGAAUGGAUUAGGUCUAACAUGUGCCUCCAUGGCCAUGAGUUCAGCAAUGGAUGGUCCAGCUGAAGACACCAAUCUCACAGGAACCGGUGAAAUCAGACUCAUGCCUGAUUUGUCAACUAGACGUAGAAUCCCAUGGGUGAUGCAGGAAGAGAUGGUUUUGGCUGACAUGCACUUAAAACCUGGCCAUGUCUGGGAGUAUUGCCCAAGAGAAACACUAAGAAGAGUUUCAAAACUUCUCAAACAAGAAUUUAACUUGGUAAUGAAUGCUGGAUUUGAAAACGAAUUCUAUCUAUUAAAGAGUCAUGUUAGGAAUGGUGAAGAAGAAUGGGUUCCAUUUGACACGUCACGUUACUGUUCAACAUCUGCAUAUGAUGCUGCUUCACCUAUAUUACAUGAAAUUGUUAAUUCACUAGACUCAUUAAAUAUUGAUGUAGAACAGCUACAUCCAGAGGCUGGAAACGGUCAAUUUGAAAUUGCAUUACGUUACACAACUUGUACAAAUGCUGCAGAUAAUUUGAUUUAUGCACGUGAAGUUGUUAGAGCUGUUGCAAGGAAGCAUGGGUUGCUUGCUACUUUUAUGCCAAAGUACAAUUUAGAUGACAUUGGGUCUGGUUCACAUGUGCAUAUUAGUUUGUCUGAAAAUGGACAUAAUGUAUUUGCUGCAUCUGAUGGAUCCUCAAAACAUGGAAUGUCUAAAAUUGGACAAGAGUUUAUGGCUGGUGUUCUACAUCAUCUUCCUUCACUUCUAGCUUUUACAGCACCAAUCCCAAACAGUUACGACCGUAUACAACCCAAUAUGUGGAGUGGGGCCUACCUUUGUUGGGGUAAAGAGAACCGAGAGGCUCCUUUGAGAACCGCAUGUCCACCUGGUGUUCCAGAUGGCAUUGUGAGCAAUUUUGAAAUCAAAGCAUUGGAUGGAUGUGCAAAUCCCUAUCUUGCCCUUGCUGCUGUUCUUGCUUCUGGAAUCCAUGGUCUUCGCACACAUCUCUCUCUCCCGGAUCCAAUUGGUAAACACUCUUCUAAUGUUCUUCCAUAA